UUCCCACGUUGGUCCAGUCACCUUGCAGAUUGGCUAGGACUCGCGUAACUGUUUAGUCCUUCACUGCUAAGGGGUUUAGAUACUCACUCUGCUUUGGUUUUCCCUCCGCGAUGAGGCGUGUCGCAUUUCUCAACCUUCCCUGAGAUAUAACUUCACCACCUGCCGAACCCCCCCUCCUUAAUUUUUGGCUGGUGUGCAACAGCUGCUGCCUCCCUAGGCGUUGAUAGCAGCCGCCGUUUUGCGACCUCUAAAGCGCGUUGCUGUUACUAUCGUUGGCUGGGGAGUUUGUCCUGCUUGGCUCGCCGUGCGACGGUGGGAGGGCAGGGGGCAGGCUGAGAUGGGAGAGGGCAUGUCCAAACGACUGAAGGUGCAACUGGGAGGUGAAGCGGAGAUGGAGGAGAGGGCGUUCAAUAACCCCUACCCAGAUUACCAGCCUCAUGGAACCGCCGCCUCGGCCAGUACCACUCUGUCUUCCCCCAGCGACUCGGAGGGCAAUCGGUGCAGUUCGGCUUCGCCCCAAAGAGACGACUCCCUCCCCUUCGAAAGCGACGGGCAGAUCAGUCCAUAUUUUAAUAAGAAAAUUACAACUAAAAUUAAAGACUUACUGCAGCAAAUGGAAGAAGGAUUAAAGACAGCAGAUCCUCAUGACUGCUCUGCAUAUACUGGCUGGACAGGCAUAGCCCUCUUGUAUCUUCAGCUAUAUCGUGUGACAAAGGAGCCAGCCCACCUGCAGCGAUCCCUGGAUUACGUGAAGAGAAUCCUGCGCAAUCUGAAUGGAAGAAGAGUCACGUUUCUCUGCGGUGACGCUGGGCCUUUGGCAGUAGGAGCGGUUGUGUACCACAAGCUGAAGAAUGACAGUGAAUCCAAGGAGUGUGUGACUAAACUUUUGCAGCUCCAGAGGAUGGUCCUUGCUUCAGAUUCUGACCUUCCAGAUGAGUUGCUUUAUGGAAGAUCUGGUUACCUGUAUGCUUUGCUUUAUCUGAAUACUGAAAUUGGUCCUGAGACAGUGCCACAGUCAGUAAUCAAAGAGGUUGUAGAAUCCAUCAUUGAAUCAGGGAAAAACUUUUCCAGAGAAGAACGAAAGACUGAACGGUGCCCAUUACUGUACCAGUGGCACCGGAAGCAGUAUGUAGGGGCAGCCCAUGGUGUGGCUGGGAUCUACUACAUGCUUAUGCAGCCAGCAGUUAAUAUUGACCAGGAGACACUGAUGGAACUUUUGAAGCCAAGCAUUGACUAUGUGCGUCAUAAAAAAUUCCGAUCUGGGAAUUACCCCUCAUCUUUAAGCAAUGAAACUGACAGGCUAGUGCACUGGUGUCAUGGGGCACCUGGAGUCAUCCAUAUGCUCAUGCAAGCCUAUAAGGUUUUCAAGGAAGAUAAAUAUUUGAAGGAUGCUAUGGAAUGUAGUGAUGUCAUUUGGCAAAGAGGGUUGUUGAGGAAAGGGUAUGGAAUCUGUCAUGGGACUGCUGGAAAUGGCUACUCUUUCUUAUCCCUCUAUCAUCUAACUCAGGAUAAAAAGUAUCUUUACCGAGCUUGCAAGUUUGCCGAGUGGUGUCUAGACUAUGGUGCACAUGGAUGCCGUAUUCCUGACCGCCCCUACUCAUUGUUUGAAGGCAUGGCAGGAGCUAUCCACUUCCUCUCUGACAUCUUGGUUCCUGAAAAGUCCCGCUUCCCAGCAUUUGAACUUAGUCCUCAAAGGAAAGAAAACAAAGAGGAGAGCAGCAGCUAAAUGGUAGUUGAAGCUGGUGCCAGAAGCCGCAAGACUGCUGAGUGCCUAAAGCAUAUUGGACCAACGUUGGAGUCCCAGCAGCGAGAUGCAGGAAAACUUUCUUGGCUGUCCUUUAAAGGACUGUGUUUGUCAUUAGCGCAUGAAUGAGAGAAUUCCAUACCUUGAUGUUUCCUUAUAAGAGAUACCUUUAACAGUGGCAAAGAGCAAAUUUCAGUUCGUUGGGAUGUUCCUUGUUUGGCUUUCACAGUUGUCUCUUCAGGACUUUCAAGUGUUUGCAUGUUUCUUGGUGUUGUCUGUAAGUGUGAUUUUUCCCCCCUUGUUUGUUGCAAAGCUGAAAAAUAUUCUGUAACAUCCAGUCCUGUUGUUUUUCCUGUGCAUGACUGUACUAACAACACAGUUCUCUUUCUGCAGCUGGAAAGGACAUGAUCACAAUAGGACCGCUCUGUUGGACACAAUAAAUGAGAGAAGCAGGAAGGGCCAGAUACUCAAGUCAAAGAAUCCUUUCUCCAGUAGACAAGUGCAGAGUUGUAGAGCAUUUUGUCUGCUCCCAAGAACACGAACCCAUCACAGUUCAGCAGUUUUAAAGCCCUAUGUGCUUAAAUUGCUCUGACUGCAGUCAGUAGAACCUAGAAAUACUCAACUUCUAGAUGGAUUUUGCCCACAUUUGUUCCUCCCAUAGGGAAUAUUUUUUAAAGAUUUUAUUUCAUCCGAAGUGCAACAGUAAUAUCCCAUGAUCACUGAAAUACGUGGAUCCAGAUUAUGGAGGUUGCUUAAGUCCACUUCAAAUUAAAUAGGGUAACAUAAUCCCCCCCCUUUUUUUCUUUCUUUAUUAAACUUGUACCGCUGCCCAACUCCCAGCAAUUCUGGGUGAUGUACAAAUUUUUCUUCAAACGCUUUUCAGUUCACACUUUUCUGAUUCUUGAAAAACAGACUCCUUUUAUUGCAGAGCGGGAUAACAUAUAUGCUGGGUUGCUUCUUUGUGCAGCUAGACCAUGAUCAUCAACCCCAGUUUAUGAAGAAAAACUACCCCUUUGGUGGUAUUACACAUGCAGUAUUUGAUGAUUGUGAUUGGCAGACAGUAGAAAUCACAAAGAGCCACAGAAAACAAAAUGGCUUAUUGUGAUUUGGUUUCUUGGUGGCACCUGUGUAAUCUGUUCUGAUUAAGAAGGCAACGAUGGCUCCCCCGUGGGCUUUGGUUGCCCAAUUUUUGCCAUUUCAUCCUUUGAAACUUCGUAUUUUCUUUGCAUUCUUCCAUUCAAGAGCUACAUAUUGAGUAGGUCAUUCACACUGAACUUUCUCAAUAAAUAGAUGUUUACUCUUCGUAUUUACAGUUUCACAUCUUCUAAAAGAAUCUGAAUAAAACAAGUUUUGUGUACCAUUUGGGGGGAAAGGGUUAGUGUUAAAACUAACCCAAAACUUUCCAGUCACUGAAAGAUAAACCCCACUCUUAGAAUGGAUAUUUAAAAGUUGUACCAGAUUGUUCUGAUUUUGUGAUGGCGACUAUUGUUUCUAGUCUAACAUGGAAGGGCAGUUUCACAGUCAGUGGAACCUUUUCUAAGGAGGGAUGGUGGGUUUGGGAAGGGAAAACUGGUUGCCAUAAUGUUUUGCUGUUCAAAUGGUUUUUCAAAAAAUAUAAAUAAAUACAUUUAGCAAAAUAUAGAA